AUGGCGUCCGGCUGCUGCCGGAGCCUGGGGCUGCUCCGGGACACUUAGAGGCGGGCUGGCCGCAGGCGGAGGUGGCGGCGGCGCAGGUUAUUGACUGAGCUUACCUGGUGGAUACAACUGUAUGUUACUGCUGAACGCAAGAAAUGAAAACACUGGCUCAUGUAAUCAAAGGAGUUUCUUUGUUGUGUGUGUCUUUUCAGAACACAACAGGAAUUCAAAAUGAAUCAGAACACAACUGAAUCUGCAGGAGCAGCUGAGACCUUGGCUGAUGUACCUGAACAUGUGCUUAAAGGACUUCCUGAGGAAGUGAGGCUUUUCCCAUCUGCUGUUGACAAGACACGGCUUGGUGUCUGGGCAACAAAGUCAAUUUUAAAAGGCAAAAAAUUCGGACCAUUUGUUGGUGACAAGAAAAAAAGAUCCCAAGUUAAGAACAAUGUAUUCAUGUGGGAGGUAUAUUACCCAAACUUGGGAUGGAUGUGUGUUGAUGCAACUGAUCCAAGGAAAGGAAACUGGCUACGAUAUGUGAACUGGGCACUUUCGGGAAAGGAGCAAAAUCUAUUCCCUUUGGAGAUCAACAGGACCAUUUACUACAAAACCUUAAAGCCAAUCGAGCCGGGCGAGGAGCUGUUAGUCUGGUACAAUGGGGAAGACAACCCGGAGAUAGCAGCUGCUAUUGAGGAAGAGCGAGCCGCCCACCGCAGCAAGAAGCACUCGCCGAAAGCCAAGAAAGGGAAGAAAAAGGAGUGUAAAAACAAGGGAAAAAAGGCAAUAGAUACAAAGCCGAGAAAUACUGAUUUGGAUUUUACUUCCACAGAUAUGAGGGAGUCUAAAGAAGACCGCAAAGAGGAAGAUGAAAAGCCAUCUGUUUCUGCUGUGCUGUCACUGGAACAAACAGCUGUGAUUCAGGAGAUGGUAAAUCAAGAUGUUCUUCCAAAACUAAUGAUCCCCAGUCCUACCAGUGAGCCACAAACAAUGCCUGAAGACAAACCAGGAGCAAUAACUUGUGGAUCAGAUGAUUUGGAGGAGGAGGAGGAGGAGGAAGAGGAGGAGGAGGAAGAGGAAGAAGAGGAAGAUGAAGAGGAGGUGGAAGAUGCUAAUUUACCUGAAGAAAGCCCUGGAAAAGAGCCUACGGCUGUAUGUGAAGAAAAGCUAGAAUCUAUGGAAGAACAAAAAAGCAUAUCGGAAGAAUCUCUAGAGAGCUCCCCGAAGAAAACACUGGUUGUAAAAAUUCCUAAAGCAAAAGGUGUAUCUAAUGGUGACCUCCAGGAAACAUUUAUGUUUCCCUGUCAGCAUUGUGAGAGGAAGUUUACAACAAAGCAAGGACUUGAACGCCACAUGCAUAUUCAUAUAUCUAGCGUCAAUCAUGCUUUCAAAUGCCGAUACUGUGGGAAAGCCUUUGGCACUCAAAUUAAUCGGCGAAGGCAUGAGCGGCGUCAUGAAGCAGGGCCAAAAAGGAAACCAUUCUUAACACUGACUUCGGCCCCACAGUCUGAUGAUGUUGCUGAUGGACAGACAUUUGCAGAUGAUGGUCUUAAAGAUGAAUUAAACGUUUCCAAUCUUGUGCAAGACUUUGCAGUCUUGGAUUCUGAGAAGGUCUCCCAAGAAAUGUCAAAUUCUACCCUUGUUGAGAACAAGGAACCCAAAGAAUUGCAUCCUUGCAAAUAUUGUAAAAAGGUUUUUGGAACACAUACAAACAUGCGUAGGCAUCAGCGUAGAGUUCAUGAGCGUCAUCUUAUUCCCAAAGGUGUCAGGAGAAAAGGAUUCAUUCUUGAAGAACCGCAACUUCAAACUGAGCAGGCCCAACCAGCCCAGAGUGUGUAUAUAGCAAGUACAGAAUUAGAAGAGGAUGGUGAAGCCGAUGACAUAUAUAUUAUGGACAUUUCUAGCAAUAUCUCAGAAAAUUUAAAUUACUAUAUUGAUGGUAAAAUUCAGUCCAACAGUAGCACUAGCAAUUGUGAUGUGAUUGAGAUGGAAUCCAAUUCUGCAGACCUCUAUGGAAUAAAUUGUUUACUUAGUCCAGUCACAGUGGAAAUUUCUCAAAAUUUAAAGUCUUCGCAAACACACAUGACUGACCUUCCUAAGGAGCCUUCUAGCAGUGGAAGCAAUGAAUCCAAAAAGAGGAGAACAACCAGCCCUCCUCUUUUACCUAAAAUAAAAACUGAAAUAGAUCCAGAACCUAUAACUCCUUCAUGUUCGUUACAUCUUCCUCUUAGCAUUUCAACAGCUGAGAGCUUACCUUUUCACAAAGAAAAAAGUGUUUAUUUGUCGUCCAAGUUAAAACAACUUCUUCAGACACAGGAUAGUAAUAAGAUAACUCCAGCAGCAACUGAAAUCCCUAAAUUAGGUCCUUCUGCUACAUCUUCACCCAUUUUGCCUUCAGUAUCUAGUAGGUUCAAAAGGAGAACCAGCUCUCCUCCCAGUUCUCCACAGCAUAGUCCAGCACUUCGAGACUUCAGUAAACAAGGUGAUGGAAAAACCACGUGGAAUGAUACAGUUCUAGGGUCAAAGAUGCCAAAAUUAGAAAGUCACAGCAGCUCACCUGUAUGGAGCUUAUGUGGGAGGGAGGAAAGACAGACUAUGAGUCCUCUGAGCUUUGAUGACUAUAAAAUAUCUAAGGAAUGGACAGCAACUCCAACUUUUGGUAGUGUGUGCAACCAGCAGCCAUUAGAUUUAUCUAGUGGUGUAAAACAAAGGUCUGAUGUCAAAAGCAAGACUCAGGUUCCUUGGGAAUCAGUGUUAGAUCUAAGUGUGCAUAAGAAGCCAUAUAGUGACACUGAAAUUAAGGAAUGCAAAGAAAAUAAUUCAGUGCAGCCAACAUGUAGUGGUAUUAAAAAGAAGAAACCAACCACAUGCAUGUUGCAAAAAGUUCUGCUGAAUGAAUAUAACGGAACGGAUGUAGCUACAGAAAGCACACCAGAUUUGAUUUUGAAUAGAAGCCCAAGUCCAUGUAAAUCAUCAGUACCCCAGCUUGAACCUGAUGUCGAUCCUGGUCUGUCAGCACCUACUGUUGAGUCCCCUUCUCAUAGUUCUCCUGCUUCCCCUUUACCUCAGACAUCUGCUAUAUCCUCCUUGUGUCAGCUGCCCCCUCUUCUAAUGCCAACAAAUCCUUCCUCCCCACCACCUUGUCCUCCUUUGUUAACACUUGCUACACAACCCCCUCCACUCCUUCCUACUGUUCCUUUACCACUUCCAGAUGCCUCUGCCAGUGUCACUCCCACUCCUUCGUGCCCAUCACCACUCUGUAACAUUGCUACACAGUCCUCACUUCCAAUCCUUUCACCUACAGUUUCUCCCUCUCCAUCUCCUGUUCCUUCUGUUGAACUUUUUACUACUGCUUCACCUGGUCCUCCAAACCUCUCCUCGUCCUCGUCCUCAUCUUCCUCUUCUUUCUCCUCUUCCUCCUCCUCUUCGUUUUCCUCCUCCUCCUCCUCCUCUUCUUCAUCAUCUCCUUCUCCUCCUCCUCUUUCAGUAGUCUCUUCUGUUGUUUCCCCUGCUGAUCAUCUGGAAAGUAUUCUCCCCAUAAUAGCUUUUAAACAAGAGGAAAUGGAAAGUGAGCACCUGAAGCCAAGAGAAGAUCCAGAGACUUCAAGUGAAGCAGAUGUAGUUCAGGAAACGUUCAGUAAAAGCUUUGUGUGCAAUGUCUGUGAAUCACCUUUUCUUUCUAUUAAAGACCUAACUAAGCAUUUAUCUGUUCAUGCUGAAGAGUGGCCCUUCAAAUGUGAAUUCUGUGUACAGCUGUUUAGAGAAAAAACUGACUUGUCAGAACAUCGCUUUUUGCUUCAUGGAGUAGGAAAUAUCUUUGUAUGCUCAGUUUGUAAAAAGGAAUUUGCCUUUUUGUGCAAUUUGCAACAGCAUCAGCGAGAUCUCCAUCCAGACAAAGAAUGCACACAUCAUGAGUUUGAAAGUGGGACCCUAAGGCCCCAGAAUUUUACAGAUCCCAGUAAGGCAAGUGUAGAACAUAUGCAAAGCCUACCAGAAGUUUCCUUGGAACCCUCAAAAGAAGAAGAGGAUGAAGAUCUAAAUGACUCCUCUGAAGAGCUUUAUACUACCAUAAAAAUAAUGGCGUCUGGAAUAAAGUCAAAAGAUCCAGAUGUUCGUUUGGGCCUCAAUCAACACUAUCCGAGCUUUAAACCACCUCCAUUUCAGUAUCAUCACCGAAAUCCUAUGGGUAUUGGAGCCACUGCUACAAAUUUCACCACCCAUAAUAUUCCACAGACCUUUACUACUGCCAUUCGUUGCACAAAAUGUGGGAAAAGCGUUGAUAACAUGCCUGAAUUACACAAACACAUCUUGGCAUGUGCCUCUGCCAGCGACAAAAAGAGAUACACGCCCAAAAAAAAUCCAGUACCACUGAAGCAGACUGUGCAGCCUAAAAAUGGCAUGGUCAUUAUAGCUGGCACUGAGAAAAAUGCCUUCAGACGAAUGGGGCAACCUAAAAGACUUAAUUUCAAUGUUGAGAUUAGCAAAUUGUCUUCUAAUAAGCUAAAACUAAGUGCAUUGAAGAAGAAAAAUCAGCUUGUCCAAAAAGCAAUCUUGCAAAAAAAGAGAUCUGCACAGCAGAAGGCAGACUUGAAAAAUAGUGUAUCUGAGUCAGACUCUCACAUCUGCCCCUACUGUAAUAGAGAAUUCACUUACAUUGGAAGUUUGAACAAACAUGCAUCUUAUAGUUGUCCCAAAAAACCCAUCUCCCCUUCCUCUAAAAAAAAUUCAUCCAAAAAAAGUGGUAGCUUCUCAUCAUCUGCAAGUGGCGAUAAAGGCAACAACCAGCGCAGGCGAACGGCAGAUGCGGAGAUAAAAAUGCAGAGUAUGCAGGCUCACUUGGGCAAGACGAGAGCACGAACCUCAGGACCUGUGCAGAUUCAGCUGCCUACUGCAUCCUUCAAAGCAAAGCAAAAUGUAAAAUUUAUACCUCCAAUUAGAUCCAAAAAGCCAAGUCCCUCUUCAGUGUUAAGGAACUCCAGCCCUGUAAGAGUGGCCAAAAUGACUCACAUUGAGGGGAAAAAAACUAAAGUGGUAGCCAAGAAUAAUUCUGGAAUCUCAAGCAAAACAUCCCAGAAACUGCAUGUCAGAAUACAAAGGAGUAAAGUCGUUUUGCCAAGUAAGUCUGCUGUGGCAAACAAGAAAAAGACAGACAGGUUCAGUGUAAAAUCUAGAGAGAGGGUUGGAGGACCUAUCACUCGGAGCUUACAGCAGGCAGCUAAUGCAGACACAAUAGAAAACAAGAGAGAAGAGAGCAGUACAAAACAAGAAUUAAAAGACUUCAGUUACAGACUCCGCAUGGCCUCUAGAUGUCCCCCCACCUCUUCUCCGAACACCUGCACCAGGCAAUGCAAGAAAUCCAACUGCACAAUGGCCCACUUCUUCAAGGAAUAGAUUCUCCUGCUGCACAUCAAACAAAACAGAGAGCGAACCAUAAGCUCCGGAGGCCGGUGAGAGGAUGAUUCUGUAGCAUCCCCUGCAAUGUGAAGUCCACUCCUCCAGAGCCAGUGGAACAGCAUGGGAAAACAUUCAGAGAGAAUUGUGGGUUGUUUGACCACGCUGGAAGGACAGGACAGGCAGGAUUUGGGCAAUUCUCUCUUGUCUGCUGGAACAUAGAGGGGUUGGACAUACUAUGCAAUUACAUUUUCAAAGACUGUUACAUCAUUUUAAUCUUCCUAACUGUACUGUACACUCUGUAGAACUGGGCACCCAUGAAAAUCCACCCCAGUUGUGCAGAGUUUGCUGAGGUGUUCAUAUCCAGAUCUGUUGGUACCCCAGUCUGUCAAGCGUGUAUCAUGACCUUUAAGAUGUUAGAACAUUGCAAAGGUAUGAUGCCACAUGCUUUUAGAAGAUGGUAGGACCCACAUCUCCUGGAAACGCACCUGUUAAGUGGUCUCUGAAAUGCAGUAAUAGGCAUUGGUCCAGUUUUCUAAUGGACAAGUGUUCAUUUUGCAAAAAGCUUCUGUUACAUUUAGCGCUAGCUUGGCACCUGGUCAUUGCUGCCAGGAUUGAUUUUUACUAACGUUCCUAAAGUGCCCAUUGCAGUGCACAGUACAAAGCAACAUCAUCCCCCAAAUAGGGAGGUUAGUAGUUGUGACACUCCGUUAGAGCCAGUCUAGUUUGGUUAGGCUUAGAGAGGAAGGAGCCAUAAUUGUGGACCACAGCCUGUAAAGACCAAGUUUCAGGGUGUUUGCAGUUAGUGAGAAGGCUGAACAGAGAUGUAUUAUCUCUUGUUCAUAAAGGGCCAUGGUCACGCAGGUCUGUCCAUAUGGCAGAGGUGCCCUCUUCUUGCUUCCACAAACCUCACCUUUGUAGUGUACCGUUGAAGGGGUCCUUCUACAUUUCCUCUGUAAUUAAGUACGUAUCUUCACCCUAUCAAUGUCGUUUGAGAGGUUGGGAUUUUCAAAGUAGAUUAAAGAGAAUUUGGUGCCCAAGUUGCCUUGAAAGUCACUGGGAAUCAGAUGCUGAACUCUACAUCUGGUGAGGGAAUGAUUUUUUCCCCCUAAAAAAAAAUUUCAAUGAAAACAUUUUUUCCCAAAAUCACGGGAAGGGUUUUGUUGAACAGCCCAAAUAUGUGGAAACAAACAACAACAAAAAAUUCACAGCCUCUUCUCCCCGCCCUCCCAAAAAAGUCAGAAAAAUGAAAAAUGUUCUUUUUAUCAAUAUGGUGUAGCUGCUGAACCUUUUUUGUUUGUUUUUGUUUCUCUGUGAAAAACUGAUUUUUUCCUUGAUAACAUGAAAGUUUCAACAAAAAUGGAAUUUGUUUUCACAAAAAUAUGUUUUAGUCAAAAAAAAAAAUUGGAAAGUGCUGAUGCCCACAGGCUGUUUUCUGAAUCCUCGCUGGAAUGCUUUCUAAGUGCAAUUGGCAUGGAGGGCAUAUGGAGAGAGGCAGGCUCCCACGCACUGAGGACUGAAUGAACCAUAAGGAGUCAGAUCCCUUCUACCACUGAAGUCGUGCCUGCAGAUCACGGCUGAGGGACCCAAGAUGAGGGCACUGUGUGGAAAGCUUUUGCUGUUGCUAGGCUGUUCUCUACUUCCCCUGUACCACAGGGAUCUAUUCUCUAGCACAUGUCUCAUCUGACAUCUUUUGCCAGCACUAAAUUCCUCAACAAAAAUAAUUACAAACUGCAGUUGAGAUUUUCAUAGCUGCUUAAUGAAUUUGGAUGUCCAUUAAAAUGAAUGUAACUACAUAUCCAAAGCCACGGGCAGCUUUGAAAUCCAGCACACCGAUAAAAACAAUGUAUGGGUCUUAGAUAUGUCUAGGAAUCUGCCCCUUGUACCCAGGGAUGGCUCCAGGCCCCAGCACGCCAAUCGCUUGUUUGGGGCGGCAAGCAGUGGGGGGCAC